GGGAGAGACAGAGACAGAGGGAGAGACAGAGACAGAGGGAGAGACAGAGACAGAGACAGAGAGAGACAGAGACAGAGAGAGAGAAAGAGAGAGGCAGAGACAGGAAUCUGGCUUCAGAUACUAAUUUAACCUCCAUUGCCUUGUUCUUUACUGCUCUUCUGCCUCGGCACCAUAUAGAUUCUAAGACAGAAGGCAGGAUUUUAAAAAAAUAAAAGUUAUCAUGUGUGAAGAGAUGUAUAGAUGUUUUGUCCUUAUGAUGGACAAAUACUGAAGCUGAAGCUGCAAUACUUUGGCCACAUAAUGAGAAGAUGGAAUGCAUGGAAAAGUCCCCAAUGUUGGAAAAGACUGAAGGCAAAAUAUGGAUGGAUGGUGUCAUGGAAACAAUGAACAUGAGCUUAAAUGGACUUCAGGAAAUGGGAGAGAGAAGAGGUGGGUGUGCUACGGCUCACAGGGUCAGGGAGAAUCUGAGUAGACUUGAAGCAGACAAAGAUCUAUAGCCCUAGGGAGAAGGAAUUAGGAAGCCUUAAAAGGCUUGAGUUCAAUAUAGCCUAGGGUACGGAACUCCCCAAUAGAAUGUACCCCAAUCUGCAUUAACGGCUAAUGGCACAUCUGCUUCUGCUCCCAAUAAAGAAAUGUAUACAAGAAAAGGUUUGAGACCACCCGUCUUCUGCCUAGGUGAACUCCCAAAAAGCUGCAUGCAACCUCAGUUUGGGACGCUUCUCACUAGGAGAACACCCUGGCCAGUAAUACAUCAAUAAUUAAAUCAAGGUUCCGAUCAUUUUAACUCCUGGGUGUCUGGACGUCGUUGCUUGAGGUGCCCCACUUCAGACUGAACAACAAUCACCAUUUUAUUAUAAUGGCGUACAAAAUACCCCUUCAUCCCAGCGUUCAAGCUCAUUCUUACUCUUGGAUCUACUACAAGGACAUAAUUGAGGAUUAUUGAUGGGGGGUGGGGGUGACAUUAUCGUCUCUAUUGUCUAGGGGGCGGGGAAAGAUAGCUAAGGGAGUCACCCAGAGUCGGUGUCUGCGGAGGUAUUUGAACUCGAGGUUUUUGGACUUGGAGCUGAGCGCUCUAUCCUAGGUCACGUUAUUUAGGAACCAGGACGAUGGUCGGUAAUACGGGUUCAAUUUUUUGGUUCCCAAAUAACGUGACUCACACGCUCUCCCAGGGAACCAGGAUUAGGAAGCAAGGUUUUCUGCAGGAAACUGGCAUCCCUGCAGCCCUUCUUACUUCCGGUCACGACAAAUGAUAGGGAGUGGGUGGAGGGGCGCAGACUCUCUCCAGGGACUAGGUAUCCAGCUUUGGGCCGAGAUCUAGGAGGCGGACCCUAGGGGGACUGGGUGCGACCUCGGAGCUGAAUGCUGAUUGAACCCCCACCCCCACCCCCCAGAGGCCUUGACGAAGGCGGGAAAGAGGCGGGCCGGCGCGUGUUCAGGAGGGGUCGGCGGCAGCCGCUGGCGGGAGAUUCCAAUAUGGCGGUGCAACCGAAAGAGAUGUUGGCCAUGGACAGCCAGGCCGAAUGUAGCUUUGUCCGCUUCUUCCAGGCCUUGCCGGCAAAGCCGCUUACCACUGUGCGCCUCUUCGACCGGGGCGAUUACUAUACCGCGCACGGGGAGGGUGAGCUGCUGGCCGCUCAGGGGGUGUUUAAGACCCAGGCAGUCAUCAAAUAUAUCCGGUUGACAGAUGAGUGUGUAUAGACACUUGUGCGUGAAGGAGAUUUAAGUGGAAAAGCCGCUGCACAGAGACAGUCCCACUCUCUCCAUGUUGGAAGCCUGGGUCCAAUGGCACGAAAGGUAAUCAUUACACCUGGAGACUUCCUCAGCUGUAUUGGAUGGCCGUGUUGUCCUUUGUGCUCCAACACGCCCUAAGCACUCCACAGUGCUUUGCUGCGUCGCCAUCUCAGCCGUUGAACCUUCUUAUUGGUUUCUUCCAUCUGUUCAGCCGAAGCAGUCUUCACAUGCUGGGUGAGCAAAGCCCUGGUUCACCAGGGGUCGAUGACCCGAUGGCUACCCUCACAAGGUUUGGCCAGCCUGUUGAAGCCUUUGCCCGGGGUGUGACCGCUGCCGCAUGCUAGCAGCUACUGGGAGCCACAAGUGAGAGCUGGGUGUCAGGUGAGGGUCAGAGGCUGGAGAGCUGCCCUAAGUGGGCACAACAAGCCCUCCAUACCAGAGAUAUUACCCCUCCCUGAGCACCCCAUAUACCCCAUGCUGGUUUAAUAUUAAGAAAACUAUUAGCAUAAUUGACUAUAUCAAUAAGCAAUCUAACAGAAAUUACACAAUUAUCUCAAUAGAUGAAGAAAAGACCUUCAACAAUAUACAACACCCAUUCCUCUUAAAAACACUAAAAAGCAAAGUAAUAAAGGGGCCAUGCUUUAAAAUAAUAAGUAGUAUUUCUCUAAAACUAUGAGUAGGUAUCAUAUGCAAUAGAGAUCAGUUAGAAGCCUUUCCAGUAAGAUCAGGAUUGAAGGAAGGAUGCACAUUAUCAGUACUCUUAUUUAAUAUUGCACUGGAAAUGUAAGCCUUAGCAAUGAGAGGAAAAAUAAUUUUUAAUAAGUUGGCUUUUUUCUCUAAUUGCAUGUAAUAACAAUUUUGAACCUUUUCCUCAACUUUUUGAGGUCCAAAUGUUGUGCUUCUCUCCCUUCUCUUCUCCCUCAGCGGAUGAGCAAUUUGAUUCAGGCUAUACGUGUAUGAUCACAAAAAACACAUUUCCACAUUAGUCGUGUUGUGAGAGAACACUUCUAUAAAGUUAAACCCUAAAAUAAAAACACAUACAAAUAAAAUAAACUGAAGAACAGUCUGCUUUGAUCUACAUUAAGAUCCCAUUUGUUCUUUCUCUGAAGGUCCAUGGAAUUUUUCAUCACAAAUCCUUCAGAAUUUUCUUGGAUCAUUGUACUACAGAGUAGAAUAAAGUCCUUCACAGUUGACCAUCAUACAUUACUGUUACUGUGUAGAGUUCUCCCGGUUCUACUUGCUUCACUUGUAUCAAUUCAUGUAGAUCUUUCCAGGUUUUUCUUUUUUCUUUUUAAUUUAAAUUUUAUUUUUUAACUUCUUUCUAUAGUUAUGAUUCAUAUUGUCUCACUCUCUUCUUCCCUCCCCCAUUCUGGUGAAAAUUACUAUAUGAGAAUUAAAAAGAGUGAAAUUGUUUCUUAGCUUAGCAUGUAAAAUUUACCAAGAAUGACCAUGUAAAAGUGUAUCCAAAAUGAUGGUAACAGAAUAUUUGGAAGGUAAGGUGAGAUUGACAAAAUUAUAUAGAGAUGCUUUCUGUGAGUAAGAAAAGGGUGGAAACUUUCAGUCAGAAUUCUGAGGUUGGUUCAUAUCAAAUAAUCCACUCUGGAGAGAGACCUUAUGAAUAUAAACAGUAUGGAAAGGCUUUCACAUGGAGGAGUGAUCUUGCUAAGCAUCAGAGAAUCCACACUGCAGAGAAAUCUUAUGAAUGUAGUAAACAUUGUGGAAAGGCUUUCAGAGAAAGGGGCUAUCUUGCUAAUUAUCAGAGAAUCCACACUGGAGAGAAAUUUUCUGAAUGUAUUAAAUUUGGAUAGUCUUUCUCUUAAUGUUCCACAGUUGCAAGUACAGUGAAAAGAUAAGAAAUGGGAAUGGACAUCCAUUGUAAUGAAAAGAAUCUAUUCCAAUUUAAAGGUCAUCUUGUAAGAAUUAAAUAAUAUUUCUACCCAGAUAUAUAUUUUAUAAAUUGUAUUAGUAAGGGUAGACAACCAUUCCUCUAAGUAACCUGACUGCAUGGUCCCUAGUCUGCCAGUCUCUUUCCUCCUUCCCUUCACCUGCCUGCUCUGUUCCUGACUUCUUCCUACCUUGUUCUCUUCUUGGUUCUCCCUCCUUGAUUCUCCCCUUUCAAACCUAACACAUUGACUUUUAUUGAUGUACAGAAUGUAGAGGCAAGCAACCCUGGCACAACUAUGUUAUCUCAGGAAUGUUUGAUAGAUAGGUAAAGUUACAGAGGAGGGGGAUGGGAAUGAACUUCCUUGACACAAUCCACCCAGUCAUCCUUUGGGAGACCCAUCUCCCCAAUGGAUCAUUUAAAUAUAACCAUCUUAUAACUCUAAAUACCUUCUAGCUAAAAGUACAUACAAUAUUGCAUUUUUCUAAGAGGGAGUUACAAUAGUUAGAUAUGAGAGUAAAAUACAAAAACUGAUUGAUAGAUGCAUUGACAAAAUGCCAAUUAGGGGGAAGUCCCAGUAUUCCUUCAAAGUCAUACCACAGUUUGUUCUGCCAUUCCCCAAAAGAUGGACAUCCCCUCAGUUUCCAAUUCUUUGCCAUCACAAAGACAGCUGCUAUAAAUACCUUGGAACAUGUGGGCUUUUUUUCAUCGUUCCCUGAUCUUCUUGGGAAACAGACCCAACAAUGGUACUCCUAGGUCUAAGGGUAUGCACUGCUUUAUUACUCUCUAGAUAUAACUCCAAAUUGGUCUCCAAAAUGGUUGGGGUCAGUUAACAGCUCCACCUUCACCUCCAAUGCAUUGUUCUACUUUUUCCAUAUCCCCUCCAACAUUUGUUGCUUUGCCCUUUUGUCAGUUUAGUCAGUAUGGUGGAUGUGAGGUGAUAUCUCAGAAUUGUUUGGGUUUGCAUUUCUCUAAUCAGUAGUGAUUUAGAUCAUUUUUUUCACAUGCACAUAUAUGGCUUUGAUUUCUUCAUCUGAAAAGUGUCUGUUCAUAUCUUUUGCCCAUUUAUUAAGUGGGAAAUGGUUCUUAUUCUUAUCAAUUUGAUGAAGAUCUCUAUAUAUUUUUAAAAUAAGACCUCUGUCUGAGGAGCUGUCUAAAACUCUUCUAAUUUUAUGCUUUACUUCUAAUUUUGAUAACAUUUAUUUUAAGUGUACAAAAUUUUUCAAUUUAUCAUAUUCAAAAUUAUUCAUUUUAUAUUUCAUAAUGUUCUCCAUCUCUUGUUGACUCAUAAAUUUCUCUCCUCUCCCUAAAUCUGAUAGGCAGUGUAUUCCCUGUACUUCUAAUUUCCUUAUGGUAUUUCCUUUUAUAUUUAGAUCAUGUAUCUAUUUUGAUUUUAUCUUAGUGAAUGGUGUAAGAUAUUGGCCAAUACCUAGUUUCUGCCAUACUAGUUUCCAGUUACCUCGACAACUUUUGUCAAACAGUGAUUUAUCUCAAAAUCCUAUAUCUAUUGUUUUAUCAAAUACCAGAUUACUAUAAUCUUUUACUGCCAUUUAUUGUAUGUCUGUUCUGUUCCACUGGUCUUCCUUUCAAUGUCUUAAUCAGUUCAAUGAAACAUGUAAAACCCAGUGGAAUUGCACCUCAGCUAUGGGAGGGGAUUGGUGAGAGAGGACGGAAAGACCAUGAAUCCUAUGACCAUGGAAAAAUAUUCUAAAUUAACUAAUUAAAUAAAAUUUAAAAAUAAAUAAAUAAAAGGAAAAAACUAAAAAAAAUUCUUAAUCAUUAUCAGAUAAUUUUUGAUAAUUAUUACUUUAUAAUAUAGUUUAAAACCAGAUAAUGCUAAACUUCCUUCCAUUAUGUUUUUCCCAUUAAAUUCCUUUGAUAUUCUUGAAAUUUUAUUCUUCCAAAUGAGUUUUGUUAUUAUUUUUCAUAACUCUGUAAAAGUAAAUAUUUUUGGUUAUUUAAUGGGGAAGGCAUUGAAUGAGUAGUUUAGUUUAGUUAGGAUUGUCAUUUUAAUUAUAUUGGCUCUGCCCAUUCAUGAACAACCAGUAUUUCUCCAUUUGUUUCUAUCUUACUUUAUUUAUAUAAAAGCAUUUUACAAUUAUGUUCACGAAAUUUCUGGGUUUGUUUUGGCAAGUAUACUCUCAGGUAUUUUAUUUUAUCUGUGGUUAUUUUUAAUGGACUAUCUCUUUAUCUCUUCUUUCAGGACUUUGUCAGUAAUAUAUAAAAAUACUAGCGAUUUAUGUAGAUUUAUUUUAUAUCCUACUCCUUUUCUAAAAUUAUCUAUGGUUUCAACUAACUUUUAAUUGAACUCUGCAAUUUUCUACAUAUACCAUCAUGUCAGCAGCAAACAGCAAUCAUUUUAUUACCUCUUUGCCCUUUCUGAUUCCUUUAGUUUCUUUUUCUUACCUUAUUGCUAUUCCUAGCAAUUCUAAUAUUAUGUUAAAAAAUAUUGAUAAUAAUGGACAUCCUUGUUUCUCUCCUGAUCUUACUGAGAAGGCUUCUAGCUUCUCUCCAUUAUAGAUAAAGCUUGUUAAUAGUUUUAGGUAGAUGCUUCACAUCAUUUUAAGAAAAAAUGCAUUUAUACCUAAGCUUUCCAGUGAUUUUAAUAGGAAUAAUGAGUAUUGUAUUUUAUCAAACUUUUUUCUGCAUCCAUUGAUAUAAUCAUAUGGUUUGUAUUUCUUUUAUUAUUGAUAUCAAUUUUGUUGAAAGUUUUCCUCAUAUUAAAUCAUCCCUGCAUUCCUGGUAUAAAUCUGGUCUGGUCACAAAGUAUUGUCUUAUUUUAUUAUUAAAUUGUUGUAGUCACCUAAUUAGUAUUUUGUUUAUAAUUUUUGCAUACAUAUUCUUUAAUGAGAUUACUAUAUAAUUUUCUUUCUCCAUUUUUGUCCUUCCUGGUUUAGA